GUCGUUCGUACGCCGCAGCGGUGUGUUGCCCAAAACUUAGCUAACGCGUUACAGCUGGUCUCGUUCGCAGCUAUUCCUAUCUACGGUGUCUACGAUACUAUUUACAUUUUUUAAAUGGUGCUCUUCAAGUAGAAAAGCCACCUUGCGUUUCCAUCCAGUCGACGUUUGUGGUUGAACGAUCGCCGUUAGCCGAUUCACAAUGGAGGGCAGCGCUAGCGUGAGGAAAGCGCUGUCCGGGACCCUCGUUCCUUCAACGGUAACAACAGUGGCUCUCCGGCAGCAACCCGAGGAGACAGAGCACGGGGCACUGAACAGAAAGGUCCUGGAUGAAGAGGAAUACAUUGAGAGUUUAGAGAAGAUCAUACAGAGGGAUUUCUUCCCAGAUGUGACAAAAUUACAAGCGCAGAAGGAUUACCUGGAAGCAGAGGAAAAUGGAGACCUGGAACGAAUGAGAGAGAUAUCCAUCCGAUAUGGAUCAUCAUUGACAAAAUCUACCCCACGAUCUUCUGCACCCUAUGUUACUCCAGCUAGCUUUGAGACACCAGUGGGCCGCACGGGGUCUCCCUCCUCUACUCAUGGCAAUAAAUGUUUAGAUACGGAGAGCAAAGAUGAUGACAAGGAGGAGAAAGAGCUGCCCUCUCUGGAUCGUUUCCUUGCUAAAAAUACCAGUGAGGAUAAUGCAUCAUUUGAACAGAUAAUGGAUCUGGCAAAAGACAAGGAGAAACUGAAGCAUGCCUGGUUAUAUGAGGCCGAGGCUGAAUUCAAACAGCGCCAUGAGGAGAACCUAGCUUUACCAUCGAUGGAGAAGGCAGCACUUGAAUGUGUCAAAGCUGGAUUGGAGACAUGGGAAUACAAAGCAAAGAAUGCCUUGAUGUAUUAUCCAGAGGGUGUUAAAGACGAUGAUGCUGUCUUUAAGAAGCCAAGGGAGGUGGUUCACAAGAAUACACGCUUUGUUGGGGACCCAUUCAGCAAAGCUCUAAACAAAAGCCAGAUUCAACAGGCUGCAGCUCUAAAUGCACAGUUCAAACAGGGUAAAGUAGGCCCCGAUGGGAAAGAGCUCAUCCCCCAUGAAUCCCCGACAGUGAAUGGAUAUGGUUUUGAAAGAACACCUUCCCCUGCACCUGGUGUAUCUGAGUCACCUCUGAUGACCUGGGGUGAGAUCGAGAGUACCCCAUUUCGUCUGGAUGGAUCAGACACCCCAUAUGUUGAGAGGAAUCACGGUCCAUCAUUUAAGAUUCCAGAACCGGGACGACGAGAGAGGCUGGGUUUAAAGAUGGCCAAUGAAGCUGCAGCUAAAAACCGUGCAAAGAAACAGGAGGCAUUGCGAAAGGUCACAGAGAACCUUGCAAGUCUUACGCCUAAAGGUCUGAGCCCAGCCCUCACCCCAGCCCUGCAGAGGCUUGUAAAUCGGACAUCUAGCAAAUACACGGACAAAGCACUAAGAGCAAGUUACACCCCAUCUCCCUCACACAGAGUCGUCGGCUGCAAGUCUCCCUUCGGUGGCCCAUCCACUCCGUCAGGAACACCAACACCAAACAAAGCCAAGACCCCAAGCUCUCAGGACCUUACGUCACUCACGGACAAUCUGCUGCAACUUCCCAAGAGACGGAAAGCCUCAGACUUUUUCUAAGCAAGAGAAGCUGCGCUCUGCUGGGAUUGUACAAAAUAGACUCAUCAUAACGUGGAUAACUUCACUAUAAGAUCUCCAGACCCUGUUUUCUCAGAUUAAAGAGCACAACUUCCAGCUGGGUGACUGGAUAAAGAAAUGUACAGUGGACUGAAGAAUUUUUGAGGGUUUAUUUGUUACUAUUUUGCGCAGAUGGGUUAAUGUAGAUCCCGGUGAAAUAUAGUGUCCAAAUUCUAUGUAAUUAUUUGUUUCUUAUUUUUUAUAUUUUGUUUCAUAGAUUUACAUACAGUUGUUUCCAGUUAAACUUCUGCUAUCCUUGCCACAUACCCAUGCUUAACUGAUUUUUAAUAUGAUUAUAACCCAGUAAUUGUCACAGAGGAUCACACAUACAAAUUACAUUUUAACUCACUCAACAUGUAGCCAUGACAUUUCAGUGUGUGUCUCUGCAUCAUAGAAAUUGCUCAGAAGUACAUGUUGUGUUACAUUAAAACCGGUUUCCCCAUCGUAAAAUUUUUGUGUUGGUGUUAGAAAU